AUGGCGUGGAACUUGCAGUUCAAGACUGAAAGUGCCUAUAACAAACAAGUCUGUAGCACAUGGGGUAACUACCACUUCAAGAAAUUUGAUGGAGACAUUUUCCAUCUACCAUCCACUUGCAAUUAUAUCAUGUGCGCAAUGUGUGGAAGCAGCUACGAGGACUUCAACAUUCAGAUGAGACGCCAAGUAGUAAAUGAGCAACCGACCAUCACUAACAUCACAGUGAAGUUGGACAGCACCGUAGUGGAGCUCACCAAAAAUUCUGUCAGGGUAGACGGAAGAGAGAUGAAUCUGCCGUUUAGCCAAUCAGGUAUUCUUAUCUAUAAGAGUUCCUCCUAUGUCAAAAUCACUGCUAAACACGGACUGGUGGCCAUGUGGAAUGAGGAUGACGCUUUCACAGUUGAAUUGGACAUGAUGUACCAAAAUAAGACCUGCGGACUGUGUGGAGACUUCAACGGCACCCAGUUACACAAUGAGUUCAUCACAGAUGAUCAGAUCAGAUCUCCAUAUGACUACGGGUACUUUGCCAAAUCUGAGAGUUCAACAGAGAGUUGUAUGGAACAGAUAAGUUCAACAAAGCCGUGCAAAAAAAUGACAUCAGUAUGUGAGCAGCUGCUUUCAGGCCUGUCUUUCAGCAGUUGUAAGGACCUUGUACCUCUUGAGUCCUUCAUCAAAACCUGUGAAUUGGAUAUGUGCUACUGCACCAACAGGACCGGAUCCUUUUGUAUUUGCAGAACCAUCUCAGAAUACUUUCGCCAGUGUAUUCAGGCGGGUGGAAAGCCUGAUCCGUGGAGGACUGAGCAGUUCUGUGAUAAAUCGUGUCCUUACCAUAAUAUGGUGCAUCAAGAAUGUGGAAACCCUUGUAUGAACACUUGUUCAAACCCUGACAGAAGUCAUAUUUGUGAGGACCACUGCAUAGAUGGCUGUUUUUGUCCUGAAGGAUAUCUGUUUGAUGACCUCACUGAUAGAGGUUGUAUUGCGAAGAAUCAGUGUCCCUGCAUCAACAAUGGAAAAAUAUAUGAACCUGGAGAAAUUUACAGAAGUAACUGUAAAGAAUGCACUUGUGUCGAUAAUCUAUGGAGCUGCAAAGACAGAGAUUGCCCAGGGACUUGCUCUGUAGAAGGUGGUUCUCACAUUACCACUUACGAUGGGAGGACAUACAGUUUUCAUGGAGACUGUACUUACAUUCUUUCUAAGCAGACCAGCGACAAUGAGUUUACAGUUUUGGGGGAUCUGAUGAAAUGCGGUUUUGCUGACACUGAUGCAUGUCUUAAGGCAGUAACUCUUUUUCUCUCAAAGAGGAAUACAGUGUUCAGCAUCCAGUCUGAUGGAGAAGUGUUUGUUAAUAAAAUGCAUUCACAGCUCCCUCUUUCCAUAGCUGAUGUAAUGGUGUUCAGACCCACCACAUUUUUCAUCAUCGUCCAGACGUCAUUUGGGCUUGAGCUGGAGAUCCAACUUAUACCAAUAAUGCAGGUUUACAUAAAAGUUGAUGCGACUUACAAGCAGAAAACAACUGGUUUGUGUGGGAACUUCAACAGUAUUCAAGCAGAUGACUUCAUAACUGUUAGUGGAUCUCCUGAAGCUACAGCAGUAGACUUUGCCAAUGACUGGAAAGCACAAGCCAACUGCCCUGAUGUUAAAAAUAGCAUUGAAGAUCCCUGCAGUCUCAGCUUAGAUGAUGAGAGAUAUGCUAAGAAAUGGUGCUCUCUGCUGUCAGACCCUAAUGGGGUGUUUGCUCCGUGCCACAAAGAGAUCAGCCCUGAUCUCUAUCAAAUGAUCUGCAUGUAUGAUGCCUGUAAUUGUGAGAACAGUGAGGACUGCAUGUGUGCCGCCUUGUCUUCAUAUGUACACAACUGUGCUGCAAAAGGGAUUCAUCUUCCUCACUGGAGAAACACUGCAUGUGGUAAAUUUUCAGCCAGCUGUCCGGGCAACAUGGUUUAUUCUUACACAGUUCAAAACAACAGCCGUUCCUGUCGUUGCAACAGUGAUCCAGACUUCACUUGUGGUGUCACAUUUGAGCCUGUAGAUGGCUGUAUCUGUGCUGAGGAAAUGUUCUUUGAUGAAGAAGCAAAAUGCGUCCCCUUAUCUAGUUGUUCUUGCUACGUCAAAGGCACAGUGAUUCCACCAGGAGAAGUUAUCAACAGGGAUGGCACCAUGUGCACUUGCAAAGACGGGAAACUCAGCUGCAUUGGAGAGAGAAUUAGUCAACAAUCUUGUCCCAAACCUAUGGUGUUCUUUGACUGCACUAGUGCUGCUCCUGGAUCUACAGGAUCAGAGUGCCAAAAGAUCUGCGACACUCUAGAUAUGGCUUGUAUUAGCACUGAAUGCAUCUCAGGCUGUAUGUGUCCAUCUGGACUGGUAUCAGAUGGCAGGGGUGGCUGCAUUAAAGAAGAUUUUUGUCCUUGCAUUCACAAUGGCAUUGUACACCAACCUGGAGAUACAAUCAAAGUGGACUGCAAUAGCUGUACCUGUAAGGACAGGAAAUGGGAAUGUACCACAGACCCGUGCCAUGGAACCUGUUUAGUUCAUGGAGAUGGCCAUUACAUUACAUUUGAUGGAAAGCGAUACACUUUUGAUGGAGAAUGUGAAUACACGUUAAUCACAGAUUUUUGCGGACAUGCCAAUACCAGUGCUACUUUUCGAGUUCUCACUGAAAACAUACCAUGUGGAUCUACUGGCACCACUUGCUCUAAGGCUGUCAGACUCUUCCUUGGGAACAAGGAGCUCAAAUUGACAGACGGAGGUUAUCAGAUUCUUCACAGAGAUGAGGGAGUGGACAUUCCUUACCAAAUUUUGAUAAGAGGAAUUUACAUGGUCAUUGAGGCAAAUAAUGGACUAAUUGCGAUGUGGGACCAGAGGGCAAAUAUGUUCAUCAAACUCAGUCCAAACUUUAAGGGUGCAGUUUGUGGUCUUUGCGGGAACUAUGAUGGGAACGCUAACAAUGACUUCAUGCUGAGAAGUCAGGAGGUGGUAAUUAAACCCUUGGACUUUGGAAACGAUUGGAAAGAGUCUUCUAGCUGUCCUGUUACUAUGGAAAUUAGAAGUCCCUGCUCAGAUAACCCUUACAGGCAAUCAUGGGCUCAGAAACAAUGUAGUAUCAUUAUGAGUGGAGUUUUUACAACAUGUCAUUCACAAGUGGAUCCCAAUCAUUUUUAUGAUGCUUGUGUGAGAGACUCUUGUGCUUGUGAUAGUGGCGGGGAUCAUGACUGUUUGUGUGCUGCUAUAGCAGCCUAUGCACAAGCCUGUAAUGAGGCUGGAGCCUGCGUUGCCUGGAGAACACCUAAAAUAUGCCCGUUGUUCUGUGAUUAUUACAAUGCUCCUGGGAAAUGUGAGUGGCAGUACAAACCUUGCGGAGCUCCUUGUCUGCAGACCUGCAGAAAUCCAACCGGGCAUUGCUCAAGUCAGAUACUAGCACUUGAAGGUUGUUACCCCAAAUGCCCCGCUGGACAUCCUUACUUUGAUGAGGAUACAAUGAAAUGUGUUAAAAGGGAGCAGUGUGGCUGCUAUGAUAAAGAGGGGAAAUAUCAUGGUGAUCAGGAAAGAGUUCCUUCAAUAGAAAACUGUCAAAUAUGUUCAGAAUUUCUCCUGACAACUACCUACAACAACAAAAACAUCUACAGCUCCAUCAACAACAUCUCCAACAUCCACAACACUGAAAACAAGCACCCUUACUCCUACCCCUGGAUGUAA